CUGAUUCGCGCCCCCAUCUCCGCCUCUGCAAAUCAGCAUCCGGUUGUCUUCCCCCACGGAACGCUCGUCCUCAUUGACACUGCCAUAUGGCAAAAGUCUUGGAUAUCCGCCCUGCACCCUCGCAAACCGCUCCCGGGGGGUGAAAAAAAGCAGAGACAAUCUCGUCUCACUGGCCAUCCUGGCUUCCGCGUCACCGAUGUACGGCUUCCGCACCGCAAAUGAUAGGUAACACAUACCUCUGUCUAUGUCUCGGCGCCGGCGAGUGCGGGGUAUAAGAAGCGAGGGGGGUGUUGGAAAAACCUCUCUAUUCUUCCCCAACGCUGGAGCCGCCUUGACGAGUGCCCAUACUACGUCCAUCAUCAACGACGCCCAUCGACACUCUGCCAACGCAGCUCCGCCACGAUGAAGUUCACACUCAUCGCCGCCAUCGCCGCGCUCCUCGUCGCCUCGUUCGUCAGCGCUUCUCCCGUCCGCGUCUUUGGCGCAGUACGGAACGUUCAGGCCAAUGAUGCCACACUCACGGGCCGCGCACCGGAGGGCCUGACCAACGCCCAGCGCAUGGCUCGCGGUCUCCCACCCAUGAAGCCCCGGUCUCUGUCAACAUCUCCCACUGCCGCCAAGCGUCAGACCAGCGCCGUCCCGCCUGGUGGCCGUCGUCGCCGCAGCUUCGAGGAUGAGGAGGCGACGCCCGUUGAGCGUCGCCAGACGAGCGCGGUGCCGCCUGGUGGGCGCCGUUCGGUGCCUCGCAUGCAAAAGCGGGAUCGCUACGCAGGUGUAUACGCGCAAUGAGCACCUUAUCGUACUCUCCCUCGCUUUGUACUCGCUCUGCCCGCAUACCAUCCUGUAUACAUCUACCAUUCGAAGCCCAGGACGUGGCUCAACCCGAACAUUACUUUGUUGUUCGUCCUUGCAUAUGUACUUUCUUAUUCACUUUCGCAUUCGCCUUCGACUUCGGAUAGAAGUCGCUUUUAGCUCUCACCUUUUGUCCCCGCCCCUAUUACUUUAGAUACGUCGCUUGAUUAGAAUGAAACGCGCAGUCCUUUCCAUCC